AGAUAAUAUGAUGGAAAACAAUAAUAAUUCAGGCCUUUUUGGUGGUUUGGGAGGACAAACAAAUUUACAGGGACUGUCCCCGUAUUUAAACAUCGACACAUCCUACCUCCAAUCCAGUCCAGAGUAUUUGUUCGAUCAAGAAACUAAACGUGGAAAGAUGGAGAAAUCCUUCUCUGCCAUUGGAACAGCAGUCUGUGUUGGAUCAGGAGUAGGAGGAGUUUAUGGAAUUUAUGACGGAGUCAGACAAACAGCUCUCUCACAGCUUUCAGGAAAACUACGUAGAACUCAGAUCAUGAAUUACACUCUGAAAGGCGGGGCUAUUGCUGGGAACGCCCUUGGCACUGUUGCGGUUUUAUACUCACUUACUCAUUGUCUUAUUUCACUUACAGCGUACGAGGAGGAUGACGAGUUAAAAUCUCUAAUCUCUGGGACAGUGACCGGCGCGGUUUUUAAAUCCACGGCGGGCCUCAAGAAAUGUGCUCGUGGGGGGGCCAUAGGACUUGGACUUGCAACAAUAUGGGCCUAUGGUCUCAAGCGUCAAGAGACAGUACAGAACUAUAUGUAGAACCUAUAUUAAAAUUUUUCCAUCAUCAUGAUCUUGUAAAAUGUGAUUCAUUGCUCGCUUGGUUAACGUCAACUGCUGACAUUUAUGAUGUUAGUGGUUUGUACGUCUUCACACUUUUCUCAAAUCCUCCAAACUCAACCAAUUUCAAAUCAAAAAUGACGUUUUUUUGUUUGUCACAAUUUGAAAAGAGGGUUGUAACGGUUUUGGCCGAUAGAAAUUUUAAUUAGCUAGUCUGUUGCGUCAACUGCGCCUAGGUUGCGUAUACAUAAUGUAUAUUACAUCCUUGGUGUUGAAUAUUCAUCCAGGUUAUUUCAGA